AUGGGCUUGUACCUCCAGCGCGCCGGGGUGCGCCUGCCUCUGGCCGCCGCGCUGCUCGCCGCCUGCUGCGGGGGGGAAGCGCUCGUCCAGCUCGGGCUGGGCGUCGGGGAGGAUCGCUUGCUGUCGCUCCCGGCCGCGGGGGUGGUGCUCAGCUGCGUGGCCGCCGCGACAUGGCUGGUGCUGAGGCUGAGGCUGGGCGUCCUCAUGGUCGCCGUGACUAGCGCGGUCAGGACCGUGGCCCUCAUUUCCUUGGAGAGGUUCAAGGUCGCCUGGAGACCUUACCUGGCGUACGCGGCCGGCGUGCUGGGGCUGCUCCUGGCCAGGUACGUGGAGCAGAUCCUGCCGCAGUCCGCGGGGGCGGCUCCGAGGGAGCACCUCGGGUCCCAGCUCACUGCCGGGACCAAGGAAGACACCCCGGUGUUCAAGAGGCGGCGGCGGUCCAGCUCCGUGGUGUCCGCCGAGAUGUCCGGCUGCGGCAGCAAGUCCCAUCGGAGGACCUCCCUGCCCUGCAUCCCGAGGGAACAGCUCAUGGGGCAUUCAGAAUGGGACCAGAAACGAGGGCCAAGAGGAUCACAGUCUUCAGGAACCAGUAUUACUGUGGAUAUUGCCGUGAUGGGUGAGGCUCACGGCCUCAUCACCGACCUCCUGGCAGACCCUUCCCUGCCCCCCAACGUGUGCACCUCCUUGAGGGCAGUGAGCAACCUGCUCAGCACCCAGCUCACCUUCCAGGCUAUUCACAAGCCCCGCGUGAAUCCUGUCGUUUGCUUCAGUGAAAAUUACACCUGUUCUGAUUCUGAGGAAAGCUCUGAAAAAGACAAGCUGGCUAUCCCCAAGCGCCUGAGAAGGAGUUUGCCUCCUGGUUUGUUGAGACGAGUUUCAUCAACUUGGACAACCACCACCUCAGCCACGGGCCUACCCACUUUGGAGCCUGCCCCAGUACGGAGGGACCGUAGCGCUAGCAUCAAACUUCAUGAAGCACCUUCAUCAAGCUCUGUUAGUCCCGAUUCGUGGAAUAACCCAGUGAUGAUGACCCUCACCAAAAGCAGAUCCUUCACUUCAUCCUACGCUGUUUCUGCAGCUAACCAUGUAAACUCAAAAAAGCCAAAUCGACCAGGUGCCCUAGCUAAAAUUUCACCUCUUUCAUCGCCCUGUUCCUCACCUCCCCAAGGGACUCCUGCCAGCAGCCCAGUCAGCAAAAUUUCUGCAGUGCGGUUUCCAGAAUCUGCCAACACUACUGCCAAACAAAGCCUGGGUUCUCACAGGGCAUUAACUUAUACUCAGAGUGCCCCUGACCUAUCGCCUCAGAUCCUCCCUCCACCUGUUAUAUGUAGCAGCUGUGGCAGACCAUGUCCCCAAGGGAAUCCUGCCGAUGGGCCCCUGGAGGGAAGCAGUUCAGCCAGUCGGACACCAAGCAGAACAGAUGACACUACUCAAGUUACCUCUGAUUAUGAAACCAAUAACAACAGUGAUAGCAGUGAUAUUGUACAGAAUGAAGAUGAGACAGAGUGCCUGAGAGAGCCUCUACGGAAAGCUUCCACUUGUGGAACAUACACGCCUGAGACCAUGAUAUUCCUGGACAAGCCAAUUCUUGCUCCUGAACCUCUUGUCAUGGAUAACUUGGACUCAAUUAUGGAGCAGUUAAAUACUUGGAAUUUUCCAAUUUUUGAUUUGGUGGAAAAAAUAGGAAGAAAAUGUGGCCGUAUUCUAAGUCAGGUAUCAUACAGACUUUUUGAAGACAUGGGUCUCUUCGAAGCUUUCAAAAUUCCAGUUAGAGAAUUUAUGAAUUAUUUUCAUGCUUUGGAGAUUGGAUACAGGGAAAUUCCUUAUCAUAACAGAAUUCAUGCCACUGAUGUUUUACAUGCUGUUUGGUAUCUUACUACACAACCUAUUCCGGGCCACUCAACUGUGAUUAAUGAUCAUGGAUCAACAAGUGAUUCAGAUUCUGACAGUGGAUUUACACAUGGACAUAUGGGAUAUGUAUUCUCAAAAAUGUAUAAUGUACCUGAUGAUAAAUACGGAUGUUUAUCUGGAAAUAUCCCUGCUUUAGAGUUAAUGGCACUAUAUGUGGCUGCAGCCAUGCAUGAUUAUGAUCACCCAGGAAGGACUAAUGCUUUCCUGGUUGCAACUAGUGCUCCUCAGGCGGUGCUCUAUAAUGAUCGUUCAGUUUUGGAGAAUCAUCACGCAGCUGCUGCAUGGAAUCUUUUCAUGUCCCGGCCAGAGUACAACUUCUUAGUUAACCUUGACCAUGUGGAAUUUAAGCAUUUUCGUUUCCUUGUCAUUGAAGCAAUUUUGGCCACUGACCUGAAGAAACACUUUGAUUUUGUAGCCAAAUUUAAUGCCAAGGUGAAUGAUGAUGUUGGAAUAGACUGGACCAAUGAAAACGAUCGUCUACUGGUUUGCCAAAUGUGUAUAAAGUUGGCUGAUAUAAAUGGGCCAGCUAAAUGUAAAGAGCUCCAUCUUCAGUGGACAGAGGGUAUUGUCAAUGAGUUUUAUGAACAGGGUGAUGAAGAGGCCAGCCUUGGGUUACCAAUAAGCCCCUUCAUGGACCGCUCUGCCCCUCAGUUGGCCAAUCUUCAGGAAUCCUUCAUCUCUCACAUUGUGGGUCCUCUGUGCAAUUCCUAUGAUUCAGCAGGGCUAAUGCCAGGGAAAUGGGUGGAAGAUAGUGAUGAGUCAGGAGAUACUGAUGACCCAGAAGAAGAAGAGGAAGAGGAAGCACCAAAUGAAGAGGAAACCUGUGAAAAUAAUGAAUCUCCAAGAAAGAAAACUUUCAAAAGGAGGAAAAUCUACUGCCAAAUAACUCAGCACCUCCUGCAGAACCACAAGAUGUGGAAGAAAGUCAUUGAAGAAGAACAGCGGUUGGCGGGCAUAGAGAAUCAGUCUCUGGACCAGUCCCUCCAGCAGCAUUCCUCAGAACAGAUCCAGGCCAUCAGGGAAGAAGAGGAGGAGAAAGGGAAGCCGAGAGGAGAGGAGAUCCCGACCCCACAGCAAAACCAGUGACAAUGGAUACAAUGAGCUGUGUUUCCUAACAGAGUGACUUGUCACAGACUCUUUUCAAGCCAGCACAACACUUAGACACAACACUGUAGAAAUACGAGAAGAUGGGCAAACAGCUAUUGCAUUUUGGGAAUCUUCGCAUUUUAUGUGUUUAUUUUUACAGUGAGGUACAUUGUUAAAAACUCUUGCUCAGAGAAGCUUUCACAUUUGCAACACCAGCUUCUAAGGAUUUUUUUAAGGAAGAAAUAUAUAUGUGUGUGUGUAUAUAAGCUCGCACGUAGAUACAUGUAAAACAUAUUCACACAUAUACACGCACACACACAUGCACACUGAAAGCCAGGGUUACUGGCUCCACAAUUUAGUAACAUUCAUAUUAAGAUAUAUAGUGGUCACUGUGAUAUAUAAGUUAUAAAGGAAAACAAAUCACAAAGGAAAUGGGCGGCUUAGCAGGGAACAGUGCAGUGAAUGUAGGUUACCAACUAAGGAGCUUUAGCUCUUAGUACUGAUGGAUGAAAGUUCCAGAGCAUUAUUUGAAUUUUUAUACAUCCUGCCAACAUCGUGUGUGUGUGUGUGUGUGUGUGUGUGUGUGUGUGAGAGAGAGAGAGAGAGAGAGAGAGAGAGAGAGAAGAGUGAAAGGGUGCUUGUGUGUAUGUCUGUGUGUACGUAAAGAGAUUUUUAUGGUUUUAGUAGUUCAUAGAAUAGCUGCAGCAGAUGACUCAGAACAUCUGAACAAGCAGAAGGCAGUUCACUCUGCAGUGUCUGAGAGGCAGCCAUUCCAAAUUCCUUCCUCCAUGUAGCUUCAGGACAGGUCCCUCUGUAGAGGGAGGGUGUUCACAGGCUGGUGAGAGGGCCACGUGAUUGGUACUACUGCUAAUGCACCACUUGGAGGAGCUCUAUCGCCAGCCUUAAACCUGGAAGACAGGCAUUUUCCAAUCUACUUGCCUAAUGAAUGUAUAGGAGCUGUUUAUCUGUGAGUAUGUAUGUCACUCACCUAAGAUCAAAUCAGCUUUUCAAGGGGAUGACAUUCUUUAUACAUCAACACCUAAGAAGGAGCUGGAGUCAGAUCUUUUAAUUAGGUUAGAAUUCUAAAAAGUUGCCGGCGAAGACCCGAGGAUCUCCCAUGUCUCAAUUUGCUGCAAAAUGUGUGGCAGAAAAAGAAAAAAAAACAGAGCGAGAAAGACAAACAGAAACCCACUAUGGAAGGAUAUAUAGCGAGAGAUGAAGGGGAAGAAUUUCAACCUGGGAAUUUGGUGUUUGUUGACAUAGUGAAAGCCUGAUUCUUGGCAACUGUUGACCAUUGGAUUUGGGUGGCAAAGGUCCCAUUGAGCGCCCUGUUGUGGUGUCCCCUUGCUGUGGGGUGGGGUAGCUUCUAUCUGCAGUCUGGCCCAUUGUCAUGUUUCUUUUGGCAGGGAAGAUUAUAGAGGGAUUUUAGGGGACUGGGCCUAUUAUUGAAAGUCUUUUUUUUUUUUUUUAAUUUGUUUGUUUAUCUACUUGUUUAUGCUGUGAGCCAAACCUCUAUUUAAAAAGUUGAUACUCACUUUCAAUAUUUUAUUUCAUAUUAUUAUAUUUGUCAUGAAUAGUUAUCUUGAUGUAAAUAUAAAGAUUUUUUUGUUUCUGUAGAUAGUAAACUCUUUUUUUAAAAAAUAAAGGGGGAAAAGGGAAACAUUUUUAUAAAGUUAUAUUUUAAUCACCAUUUUUAUACAUUGUAUGUAUCUCCAAGCCCAGUUAAGAGAGUGAUGAUUCAUUUGCACGGAGGGCUAUGGACAGCCACUUAUCUACCUAUUCUAAUUUAAAUAAUGAUCUGAUACAGUUAUUUUAUUGCCUAUUAAAUGAGGAUGCCACAAAAAAUGUUUUUUCACUAGGAACAUUUCUUCACUUUUGGGUAACUUUUGGGUCCAUGUCUCCCGAAGAGAAAGACUUCCCUAACAAUACUGAAUUUCUACGAUUGGUGUCCAUUUUUUGCCAACACUUUUUGGUCAUAAUUCCUCCUUCAGUACUAUGUAUGGAACUGCUCAUCAGUGAAACAAUCAUAGGAGGUUCUAAUUAGACCUUAAUGGUGAUUUCUAAUUUUUAUUUCUUCUAAAGUCAUAGAAAAGAGUGUUUACAUCUUAAAGAGGCCUUUGUUUCUCAUAAGUGAAAAUUCUUCCCUCCCAAAACAAUGAUUUUUAUGUUAACCCGUAGCAUUUUUCUAACAAGGCAAAGAUAAUACAAUAAAAAAUAAUUGUAAGACAAAUUUCCCAUUAAGUAGGAAAAUAUGGAAAGAUUCAAAUAGAUGCAGACUUGACUUAAAUAAUGAGAAUAAUUUCAUAUAUUUUGGCUUAACACUAGGUCUUCAUUAUUCAGGAUGUACUGAGUUGUUUUCCAUUUUCUUAGUGUUGUCUAUGUGUCUCAUGUUUGCAAAAAUUACUGUGGGUCAAAUACAUUUAUUUCCCCAGUGACUUUAACUGUUCUUCUGCCCUUGCAAAUAAGAGAGGAGGGGAAAAUAUUAUCCUCACAUACCUCUUACAUUUAAUUACUUAACAAAAUGAAUCUUUUUCCUUUCUCCAAAUGCCAUAUAUAUCUAAAACACAUGUUGAGUCAAGGAAAAUAUAGGUGUGGGCAAGUAGAAUGGCAGUCGAACAGUUGAGAGUCUAUAACCAUACACUGGCAGCUUCCUCAAAGCUGGAAGGCCCCAAGUAGGGGCCAGCCUGGCUGCCGGAGUAGAGGUCUUAGCAAACUGCCUGGUUUUGUUUAUUUUGUUUUAAGUGGUGGUGGCCAAGGCACUUAGAACCUCUUCAUUCCAGAAUUGUGUUCAUCAGUCCAGGCAAAUUAACAAUUUUUUCUUCAAAAAUUAAUUGCCAGUAUAAUUAAAGCUAAAAGUCCAUCGCAAUAAAGGAAUGGACAUCAAGUAUGAGGCUUUCAUACACGUUCAUCACAUCCCAAAGGAUGCCUAGGGACAUAAAAAGAUAUUUCCCACUGGUGAUGUUCUCCCCUGCCUUGGUGACAGCAAUAUUACUGUGCUCACUCCCAACUCUGGAGCUUAUUUAUUGCAAUUUACUACAUUUUUAUAUGAGCCUAUAUAUAGGUGCCAUUGGAUAAACUCAGGUCUUUCAAGUGAAGGAAUUUCUAGCCCAUUUAGGAAAAAGGAUAUUUGUAUAGACAGCCAUAAAUCAAUGGGAGGAAAAUUUGGAAUUGAUGACCUUGAUGCUAGGGGUUACUUUCUGUUAAGGAAAAGUCCAGGUAUCCUACAAGUAUCAUCUGUGUUGUUUCCAGCAUACUAAUAGAAUGUCUUUUCAGUUAUCCAUCUAGGCCAACUUUUAGAAUAUUGUUUCCUUGGUGAAAAGACCACUUUAGGUUUUUUCUAAGUGAUAAAAUUGUAUUUUUUGUCAAUUAUAUAAGAUGUGGUUUUGCUCUCCGUAGAAGAUGAAGACAGUAGCUCUGAUAGACCUAUGUUGGUCUUCAUCUGGCAAAUGAAGGAAUGUCCUCAUGUUUAAGAAAAUACUCAUUUUCUGAAAACAGAAUACCCAAUUCUCUCUUCCAUUUUGAUGGAAUUCCAGAACAAACCCUCGCCGUCACAAUCCCAGUAAAACUAAAGAAAAGGGAUUGUAGGACAUGCAGACUGUUGAUAUUACAUAUAUGUAUUGUGGUUUCCUCAUGUCCCCUGCCUCUCUUGAUUUGCGGUUUUCCAAUGUCCCCUGUCACGUGCCCAGAGAACUUUCUUUGAAGGUAAAAGCUGUGCAAAAGGCAUGAGACUCAGGCCUAUUCUUUGUUUAAAUGGUGGAAAAUAUAAAUUAUUUUCUAAAUAAUAAAGAUAUGAAAAUUAUCAUUGUAAAUAAAGUCUACAGUUUGAAAUGACUGCUUUAUAAAAGUGAACUAUUUGUGUGAUGAACAACUCCUGACUAAUGAGAAGUGAAUAAUCAAAAACUCAUUUCUAUCCUACUCUGGCAGGUAUUUUUGGUGCUUCUCUGUCAAUAUGGGAUGUCCAUUCUCCUCGCCUUUUAAACUAGUUCUAAAAUCAGAAUGAAAACCACAGUAAGGAUCUUCCUAUCGUCUCUUCCAUCCUAACCCUGUGUCCACUUGAGGCCUUUGCUGGCUUACAUGCCACUUUGGAAAUAAACUGUCUUUUCAAACUGACAGAAAGUUCCAGUAAAACAGUUUUGUAAACUUUCGUAAUCUGGGGUAAAUCGAGAUUCUCCUUAUUCUAGAGUUUAUCACCUCCUGCAAGUGGAAAGAAAAUAUCAAUAAAAUUUCAAAUGCUGAUCGCUCAACUCCAGACUAUUGAGAGCUAAAAUAUCUGUAUACUUUGAAACCAAACUGAGUUUCUUUCAUUUGCCUACCCUCCUGACAAACAACAAAAUACUUUAUGAUCAUUGUUCUAGGUCAUUCAUUUCUCUCAUGAUUUUUCUGUGAAAGAAAACUGAAUUCUGUGAAAGAAAAACUGAAUUGGUCUGUGUUUCUAAUCUGUUCAACAGAAUUCUACAUUAAGAUCAGGAGGCUAAUUAGCCAUUUUAGAUGAGCAUUUCAAAAUUAAAUUACUCUUAGAACUUCUAAUCAGAGCAAAUUAUGCAAGUUUUAGGUCCAAUAUUCAUAUCAGUUUGUUUCUUAGAAAAUAUUUAAAUACUGCAAUUUGGAUAAAUUAACGACUAUAGCAUUGAGUUAAUGAAAUUAACAGUGCAUUGAAUAACUUAAAUGGUAUUUAUCAUGUUUAACACUGAUGAUCCAUGGUCAGAGAAUAAGUAGAGGUGUUUCAGUCUACAUUGUGCACCAUGGAUGUCAGGAAAUUUGUGUAUCUCCAACACAUUUCAUUUUUUAUUUUUAUUUUAUUUUUAUUUAUUUUUUUUUUUUACAUUUCAUUUUUUAAAAUGAGGCUGCUUUUACCUUACCUAAAUAUUUGGUGCUUUUGCCUCACCAGAAAUGAUCUUUAUGUUCAUACCAUGAAAUUAUUCUAACAGCAGGUUUACAAGUGGUGACAAAACAUAAUUGGGCAUUUUGUUCCUAAAUAUGUCUAAAGAUCCAAAACUGAGCAUUAAAGCUUUAUUAUUUGGUGGAACUCAGUGUUCACUGAGUUUGGAUCAGAUUCAAAAAUACUGACCCAGCAUAAAUUAUUUAAGUGCAGUAAGACUAGAAACUACAUGGAAAUACAGAUGGAAAAUAAAAUUAGUUUUUUGUAUAUGCUUCAAGUUCUAAAAAGAGGCCAAAUGUCCUAUCUAAGGGCAGCUACUUCUUCUCCAUAUUAUACUUCUAUGGUUGAUUGCCUUGAUGGGCAUUGGUAUUCAUCAAUUUUUGCUUCCCUGAGGAGUGGUGGAGCACAGAAGAAAAGCCAAGCCUCCUCAUUUCUGAUAAGAAAUCCUGAACAUGUCCCUGUUCAGAAAGUUUUCCUCGUUGCUUCACAUCAAUAAGUGGUUGUUUGAUCAUGCAAAUAAUUCACUAAAAAAAGCUUCAAAGAGAGUCAUAUUAAAUCAUCAUAUGUAAGUACUAUCAAGAACAUUUGAAUUUAAUUUUUGAACCAAAGCUGUUGAAAAUAUUGUUUUUUUUAAUUAAUUUAUUUAUUCAUGAGAGACAGAGAGAGAGGCAGAAACACAGGCAGAGGGAGAAGCAGGCUCCAUGCAGGGAGCCCGACAUAGGAUUCGAUCCUAGGGUCUCCAGGAUCAUGCCCUGGGCUGAAGGCGGAGCUAAACCGCUGAGCCACCCGGGCUGCCCUAUUGGUUUUUUCUCUUAACUAAAACAAAACUCAUGAAAUGACACUCAUGGUAUAGUGAUACUAAAUAUAUUGAUAUAAUCAGAACCAGUAUUGUGUAACAGAAAACUGAAAGGGGUAUUUAAUUCUUUUUCUAAUGUAUGUCAUGCCUCAGGGAGGAAAAUGCUUUAUGGAGGUCCCAAGAAAUAUGAAUAGAUAAAAAUAAAUUUAGUCCCUAUAAUUUAAUUAGAUUAAGUAUACAAAUUACAGCCUUAGUUUUUCUGUUUUUUUUUCCAAGAAAAAGGAAUUUAUUAUUCAGCAGUUUAUUAUGGAUUAGAGUUGCUUUAAAAUAAGUGGUCUAUGAAUGUAGAUUAUAUUCUUCUGAAUUCUAAUACAGUUAAAAAGCCAAAUACUUAUCUUCAUUAUUAAGUAAAAUUAAAUCUCAUCAAUCUUGACUUUCACAGAUGAAGCACAGACCAGGCAAUAAACCACACUACUACAUCUACCAAGACUGAUCAAAUGGUAGGCUGAAAUUUGGAAUUCAUUAAUAGAAAAAUAAUUUAAAAAAAUUAAAACCUUACUGUUUUAACUAAAAUUUCAGUAUUAGUAAAAUUACUUCUUUUAAAUGAAACAAAUUAUAGCCGAAAUUUUUUCUUUUAAAUAAGAAAACAAAAACAAAUGAAGUCAAACACACAGGAGAAAAGUGGGGACUUCCCGUCAAUAUUAUUUCUCUAACUCAAAAUAGUAAAGCAAAAGUAAUCAGAAAUUUUCCUCUAUAGUAAUAAGGAGAAAGAAUGACUUUCACCCCAAGUUCUAACUCACACUUGGUUUCAUUAUGCAGCCUAUGGUACUAUAUAGCAAAAAAAAAAAAAAAAAAAAAAAAGCAGAGCUACAGAUUGGAAAUGAACAGUGCUUAAAAUGUGUAGGAUCACCAUGAGACACCCCUCCAUCUUUGUGACAAACCAACUUAGUUAUCAGUUACUCUGGAGUAAAGAGACAUAAUGGAUCCAUAUUUCAACCCUGACUUGCUAUAUUACAGUCAGCACUUACACAAGCUUUAGAAUGUGAAUUAGCCCUUGGAGCUUUGAAACUGCUGCUUAAGUACCUUUUGAAGGGAAUUUUUUUUUUAUUCUAGUAAUUUUACUCCCUAUAUUAUAGCAAAAUUUUGGGUGUUUUAAUGUGAAAUUAAAAGUAAUUGUUUAAAGAUGUUUUAUUUGUAUAUAUAAUUUGUUGGUUGUUAGAAUUUUCCAUCAACUUUCUUUUAAAAAUUAGCUGAUUAUUUUUAUGGCUCAAAUAACUCUUAUCACAUACUUUGUUUCUGCUAGUUAUAAGCAUAAACCAGUACUAUAGUCUUGCUAUCUUUAAAUAAUAACCACAAUAUGUCUAUAUAUUACCUGUUAGUGGGGUCUAUUGGCUUGACUUUUAGUAUAUAUUUUUGUUCAUUAGGUUUUUUUAAAUCACUACUUUUAAUGCUCUGUGAUAUAUUUGCAUGGGAUUUUUACCAUAUUAUUUUUGCUUAACUGCUGGUUUUGUUUUGUUUUUGCUUUCUAUUUAUGAGUGUCAGUUUAUUUCUUGACAUAUUCUCACAGAAGUACACAUACCAUAUUUGUUCCAACAAGGAUGAUUUGUUAGUUGAUGAGCACUGGAAAUAAAUAUUACUGAACCCACCCACCCCCUGAUAUUUCUUCCCAAAGAGUUUUAUCAUGUAAAUCACAAAAUGAAAAUUGGUGCUUUUAAAUAUUCUAAAACUUUCAGUGCAAAGUAAUAAAAAUAAGCUUCUCCCUGGCUUUCCAUAAUGUUAUUAGUAUAUACAACUGAAAAAAUUUUAAUUUGAAUCUAGGCUAUUUGAAGUUUGGGCUGAUAUGGUUAAUUUGAUUUGGUUUUUGGUAUUAAAAUGGGUUUCUUAUUCCUGA